AGUAUCCACAUAAGCUUGUCGGACAUCCAUAACUUUCAGUAGCUCCAAGAGUAAUCGCACAAAGAAAAGAAAGGAACCAGGUGGCGGAUGCACUCAAAAAACUUCAAGAGACAAAACACACAUUCUCUGCAAUCUCAGUAUCAGAAGUGAAGACGGUAGUUUUUGUACUCUACACUUGAGCCACAUAUGGCAAUUCUUAAACCAAUAUUAUUAGGUCUCCGUCUUCCUCAUCUCUUAGAAACCCCAAAACUUCAAACAAAAUCACCAAAAAAAACCAAUUCUUUGUGUUAUAAUGAUCAACGAAAUUUCUUACCCAAACGUAGUAUGAUCAUUUGCAACUCAUUAUCAGCUGAUGAUGAUACUAGAACUCAAAAAUUGGUUAAAGAAUUUAACCCUGAUAUUCCAAUUGAAAAAGCCAUAACACCACCUAGUUCUUGGUAUACAGACUCUUCGUUUCUCUCUUUGGAAUUUGAUCGUGUCUUUUAUCGUGGAUGGCAAGCCGUAGGUUAUACUGAACAAAUAAAAAAUCCUUGCGAUUUUUUCACCGGAAGACUGGGAAGUGUACAGUUUGUGAUAUGUCGAGAUACAGAUGGUAAAAUUCAAGCUUUUCACAAUGUUUGUCGGCAUCAUGCUUCUCUUCUUGCAUCUGGAAGUGGGCAAAAGCCUUGCUUCGUAUGCCCUUAUCACGGCUGGACUUAUGGGUUAGAUGGUGCACUCCUCAAGGCGACAAAAAUAACAGGAAUACAAGACUUUAACGUUAACGAAUUUGGGCUAAUAGCGUUGCAAGUAGCUACUUGGGGUCCUUUCGUGCUUAUCAAUUUAGGUGAAAGUAUAGUGCAGCCUCAGCUGAUGGCUAAUAAGACAGUUGGCAACGAAUGGCUUGGCAACUGUUCAGAGAUAUUCAGUGCAAAUGGGGUUGAUUCAUCGCUAAGUUAUGUGGCUAGACGUGAAUACACCAUUGAAUGUAACUGGAAGGUUUUCUGUGAUAACUACCUAGAUGGUGGUUAUCAUGUUCCAUAUGCGCAUACAGGUCUUGCAUCCGGCCUUAAGCUCGAUGCGUACACCACGACAAUCUUCGACAAGGUAAGUAUUCAAGCAUGUGAAAGCAGUACAUCUCAGCAACAAGGAGGAGAUGAUUUUGAUAGACUUGGCUCGAAAGCUUUUUAUGCUUUUGUGUACCCUAACUUUAUGAUCAAUAGGUAUGGUCCGUGGAUGGACACUAAUUUAGUACUUCCAUUAGGACCCAAUAAAUGUCAAGUAAUAUUCGAUUACUUCCUUGAAGCUUCUUUAAAGGAUGACAAGGUUUUCGUCAGUCAAAGUCUAGAAGAAAGCGAAAGAGUUCAGAUGGAAGACAUCACAUUGUGUGAAGGAGUUCAAAAAGGACUUGAAUCACCGGCGUAUUCUAGUGGAAGAUAUGCUCCUACUGUUGAGAAGGCAAUGCAUCAUUUCCACUGUCAGCUGUAUGAGGACCUCAUGAGCAAAUGAUCUUCAUGAGAUUGUACAUGGAGUAUAGUUUUAGGGGGUCUCUUCAUAUAAGGACGUCUUCAUACUUUUUAAAGUGCAUUUGAUCAUUUCCACUGUCAGCUGACCUCGUGAACAAAUGAUCUUCAUGAGAUUGUACAGGAAGUAUAGUUUUAGGGGUUCUCUUCAUAUAAGGACGUCUUCAUACUUUUUAAAGCGUAUUUGUUAGCAUAGUGUGGUACUGUUGUGAUCAAAAUGAAGGAAUGCAUAUACGCUAACUACCAUAGAGCAAUUCAGUUAAUGAUUGAUAAUGUAGCCAGGCUCUCUAAAAUGCCUAUUUUCAGACUCAA